AGAUCUCAGCCUCAGCAACAAAUCGGGUCCCGGAGACAAAACCGUCUCGUUUCUGGGGUCAUGGAGGUGUCCUCUCACAGCCUCUUCCUGCUGCAGCAGCUCAACGUCCAGAGAGAGUUCGGGUUCCUGUGUGACUGCACCGUCGCCAUUGGAAACGUCUACUUCAAAGCUCACCGCGCAGUGCUGGCCGCUUUCUCCAACUACUUCAAGAUGAUCUUCAUCCACCAGUCCAGUGAGUGUAUAAAGAUUCAACCCACCGACAUCCAGCCGGACGUCUUCAGCUACCUGCUGCACAUCAUGUACACCGGCAUGUGUCCCAAACAGCCGGUGGACCAGAGCCGGCUGCAGGACGGCAUCAAGUUCCUGCACGCCUACCAGCUGUGCCGCAAACCCGGCGAGGGCACCCCCGACGCCGCCGCCGACGUCGUCCGCAUGUCCAACCUGUACGGCAUCCAGAUCUCCUCUCAGCUGGCCAACAAGGACGCGCCCGGAGUCCCCAAGACCGGCCGCGGGGCCGCGGAGGACGGGCGCUCCUCGGGCCGGGGGGUCUCAGACCACCAGGCCUCGGCGCUGAGGAACGUCUGCUCGGUGGCGUCCGGAGACGACUCGGACAUCUCCGCGCGGAUCAAGCAGGAACGUGUGGAGGAGGAGGAAGACGGCGAGGAGGGGCCGGGGGUGGGGUCCCCGUCUCCGGCUCAGGACUGCAGCCCCGGUCAGGGACCCCUGUUCAAGGACCGGGGCCCGACGCUGCUGUGCCCGCGCUGCGGGGAGCGCUGCUCCUCCCCCGACGGGCUGCGGGAGCACCUUUUCAGCCACGCCCUCGACCCCGCCCACCUGAUGGGGGGGCUGUCGCAGGGGAUUGAGCUGGACGCAACCGCUGAGGAGGAGGGGCCCCUGGGGGCCCAGGAGCCGCUGGACGCCGGCUGCCUGGAGGAAGCGCUGAGGCAGAGCCGGGCUCUGGCCAACCAGCUGGCAGCGGAGCUGAGGAGGAGCAGGGGGAUGGGUGGACCCAGGGUCAGCCCCGCCCCCACCCCGGCCCCCACCGUCCUCCACUCACGCAAACGGAAGAUUGCCUGCGCCGUCUGCGGCCUGCGCUUCGCCCACCGGAGUCAGCUGCAGGAGCACAUGUACACCCACACCGGCAAGCCGGGCCGCCCGCACCGCUACAGCCGCCUCUGCAGCCCGCUCUUCCAGGGCGCCGCACACUUCUGCGACGGUGCCGGCGACCUGGGCGGAGUUUCCACCGCCGCCGCGGCACUUUCCGAGGAAGCCAACAGGGACGUUCAGGACAACGGCAGCUCCGGGUACUCGCUGGACUCGGAGGUCUCGCAGGAGAGCGUGGACGGCAUGCCGGUGGAGUGACGGCACUGAUCACCUCGCGGCCGUGUUGUCCUGACGUGUCGGUCAGUCAUGUGAUCAUGCUGCGGUGCUGUGGAACGCUUUUGGGUAACCAGUUUGAACUGGUUUGGGUGUCUGGAUUGGAUUGAUCAGCUAGAAGAUAACCAGCAGAGUUCUGGACGAUGGCAGUCCUACUGCUGAUCACACUUUAAUGUUGGACAUGUGGACACUGUUGUCAGCAGACACAGCAGAACUUCCCUGGACGUCUCACCAACAUCCACACAUGUCAGUCAUGUCAUCGUAGUGGGUAUAAAUACAACCUCAGAGGAAUAACACGUUUUGUAAACUUGACAUAAUUUAUUUGAGUCAGUAGAUGUUUCCUUCUGCAGGAACGAGGGCUGGGCGAUAUGGACCAAAAGUCAUAUCUCGAUAUUUUCUAUCUGAAUGGCGAUACUCGA